UUACAUGGGCAUACCACAAGUGUAACAUUAUGGGUACGGUUUACAUGACCUUUUUGUUAACUCACCCCUGAAAAAUCGGACAUUUAUGAAAACAAUUAAAAUUUUCAAUUGCUGAGAUAUAAACAUUGCGAUAACUUUCAUGUAUGACAACUUGCCCCGGUGUCUUUCCUAUUCACUGUGCUGUACCGCUAGGUGCCGCUGUUUUUAUUUGCUCUUUAUUUAAUAAGAGCGUCUCGUCUUUUAUCAGAACUUGUUGAAAACAGGAAACGUUUUGCAUUUGGGCAUAUUUUUCUGUGUUUAAAAGAUAUUCAGCCUUAUACGAGUAUAGGAAAGACAUUUUGACCGUUCAUGUUUCAGAAACUGUAGCAAAUUAAAGCAGUCGUAGCCUAUUUAAUACCAUAUUUGAUAAACCACACUUAUAAUGUAGUAGACAUGUACUGUACUUGCGGCAAACCGAACGGAUUAUUUUAUGUGUUUAAUAUAUAAUAGACGUUUAAGAGUUAUUUCAGAAUGAGUUUAGAAGUGGCAUGUUUAUCAUUUCGCCAGCCGUACGCUGCUUUUGUGUUGCAUGGCAUUAAAACCAUAGAGACCCGUUGGCGACCCCUUUUGGCGGAGAUGCAGAACUGCACUCUUGCGGUGCACAUCGCUCAAAAGGACUGGGAAGGGGAAGACUGGAGACAAAUACUGACUGAUAGACUGGGAAUGAAUUCUGUGCAAAUAGAGAAACUUCUGGAGUCUGGAGAAAGGUUUGGGCGUGGUGUUAUUGCGGGUCUUGUGGAUGUUGGUGAGACGUGGUUCUGUUCUGAGGAUGUAGCAUGCGAGGAGAUGAGAGAGCUGGAGAAAGCUGCUUGCCUAAAUGAGCUCAAUCAGAAAUACCUUACACGACUCUCGAACCCACGAUGGCUCAAUGAACCUAUGUAUUCUAGAGGCCAUAAAGACGUGUGGACAGUACACAUUCCCAGUCAUCUACUGCCCUCCUCUCCUCAUCCUUAGUAGACAAUAAAGUAUGUUUGUUAGUUUAGAUUUUGUGUCUGUACAUAACGGUAAAGAUUACAGAAGAAACGGAAACACACAAUCUGCAGAGCUUUGCAUUGACUGUGACUACUGUGACAUAUGCUUGUUGAAUUGUCAAUUGGAGAUUGCUGUUAAGUUGUUAAUUAACUGAUGGAUAAGACUUACAUUAACUUCGGUCUUCUUAAAUAUAUUAUUAAAAAAUC